CUUUUUCAUGCAAACAGGGAGAGACAGAGCCAUUUCAUUGAGGAUCUUUUGACCUUGUUAAGGGCACGAUUAUAUUCCAGAAUGCGUCGCUCAGUACUACGGGCUGUUGAGUCCUCUAGACCAUUUGCCCCCGUGCCUCGUGUGGUAUCCAGAGGCUUCAGCACUGCCAAUGACGCCGGAUCCAAGGAUCCUGUAGAGCUAGACCAGAUCACUACACUGCCGAAUGGUAUCCGCGUCGCAACUGAGUCCCUUCCCGGCCCCUUCGCUGGUGUCGGAGUCUAUGUCGACGCUGGAUCUCGCUAUGAGGAUGCAAGCUUGCGAGGUGUCAGCCAUAUCAUGGAUCGCCUGGCUUUCAAGUCCACAAAAACACGUACUAGUGAUGAGAUGAUCGAGACCCUCGAGAGCCUAGGAGGAAACAUUCAAUGUGCUUCGUCCCGUGAAUCUCUCAUGUACCAGUCCGCCAGCUUCAACUCGGCCGUUCCGACGACCCUCGGAUUGCUUGCCGAAACUAUCCGUGAUCCGCUUAUUACUGAAGAAGAGGUACUUCAGCAGCUGGCCACUGCUGAGUACGAGGUAAACGAGAUUUGGGCCAAACCAGAGCUUAUUUUACCGGAGUUGGUACAUAUGGCGGCCUAUAAGGACAAUACACUCGGAAAUCCCUUGCUCUGCCCGCGCGAGAGGUUAGGCGAGAUUAACAAGGCGGUUGUAGAGAAAUACCGAGAGACAUUCUUCAACCCCGAUAGGAUGGUGGUUGCUUUCGCGGGCGUGCCGCACGAUGCGGCAGUGAAACUCACGGAGCAGCUCUUCGGUGAUAUGAAGGCUAGCAGUGGGGAACUGCCGACCACCCCUCAGUUUACCUCAACAUCAACUACAUCAUCCGCUGCGUCCCCAGAAUCUGGGCUUUUCUCGAAACUCCCCUUUUUGAAGAACCUCGGGCCACACAAUGGCUCCGCUACUCGUCUGGACUCGUCGACUCUGGAUUUGACUCGACCUUCUCACUACACUGGUGGAUUCCUCUCUCUUCCUCCCAUUCCUCCACCAGCGAACCCUAUGCUCCCCCGGCUGAGCUACAUUCACCUUGCCUUCGAGGCUCUUCCUAUUUCUGACCCUGACAUUUACGCCCUUGCGACUCUUCAAACACUUCUCGGAGGUGGCGGAUCCUUCUCUGCAGGUGGCCCAGGAAAGGGGAUGUAUUCUCGACUUUACACCAAUGUCCUCAACCAGCAUGGGUGGGUUGAGAGCUGCAUCGCUUUCAACCAUAGCUAUACUGACAGUGGUGUUUUUGGCAUCUCCGCGUCGUGUAGCCCCACUCGAACAACAGAGAUGCUGGAAGUUAUGUGUCGGGAGCUCCAAGCCCUGACACUCGACACUGGAUAUACGGCACUGCAGCCACAGGAGGUCAACCGUGCCAAGAACCAACUGCGGUCAUCUCUUUUGAUGAACUUGGAGUCCCGUAUGGUUGAACUGGAGGAUCUCGGGCGUCAGGUCCAGGUCCAUGGCCGUAAAAUUGGAGUGAAGGAAAUGUGCAAGCAUAUCGAAUCUCUAACAGUAGAAGACUUGCGACGCGUUGCACGGAAGGUCUUCGGUGGGCUUGUCCAGAACAAGGGACAAGGUACCGGUAAGCCUACUGUGGUGUUGCAAGAAGGUGAGCUGGAGGGACACAAGCUUCGUCCUUUCCCCUGGGGUGAAAUCCAGGAGCGCAUUGCUAGAUGGAAGUUGGGCAGGAGGUAAUCCGGAUAAGCCCCUUGAGAGAAACGGAACCUGUCGAUAUCUUGUAUAGAGGGAGGCAUAUCUCCAAGUUCUUCGGUCUGUGUAUUUAGAUAGCUGUUUACGCACCCUGUAUAAUAUAUCAAGCCAUUUGCUAUGCGAGAAGGACCUUUAAAGUAUAAG